AAAUUAGAUAUAAAUAUGGAGGAAGACUUAUACCUUGAAUCGGAAGAGCCUAGCUUCGCUGUUUUAGACAUAAAAAUAGUCCGUGCGGAGCUAUGUAGGUCUACAAAUUCGUUCUACAAGAUGGACCCAUACUGAAAGCUUGUACAUCUCAGCUCAGGUACAAAGAUCAAGACCAAAGAGUGCCGUAAGGGUAAUAAGACUCCUCUGUGGGAUCACCGAGAGAGCAUGCUUAUUACAGACCAGAUGGCAGCAGACUUAAGGUUUGUAGUGAGCGUUAUGAAUAAGAACUCCUUCGGCAAAAAUAGUAUAAUCGGGCAGAGUGCUCUCCAACUUGACUAUAUAACCCAAGUAAAAACCCAAGAAGCUGAUUUUCCCUUGCUUUACAAGAACAAACUAGUUGGUAGGGUCUUUAUCGAUCUGGAAUAUAAGGACGGAACAGAGUUUGAAACUCAGCAAAGAUUUGAGUCAGAAACUUACCAAGAGGAAGUCUUCCCAGAUCCAGAGGAUUUCAAUGAAAGUGAGUCCUACACUAUUGAAAACGCCCUUAACUAUGAAUAUUCCCCUGUAGCAAACAAGAAGGCAGAGGAUGAAAGCAAAGCUAAGUCUGCAGGUGAUAGAGUAAUACAAAUUGACCAAUCUUUAUCACCAUUAGAGGCAAACCUUGCCUUGAAUAAAACACCAAUGUGGUUUAAAUUCAACUCGUCAGAAGUAUUCCGUUUUAAUUAUGAAGAGAUGUGAUAUGAAUCUGUUGUGAUAGAAGAGCCUGAACAUCUAGGAGAUCAUCUAAGAGUAGCUGAACUACCUGAUUCCUCCUUCCUCAUUACAGGAGGCAAGAAAGAAGACUACGCCAGAGAGGCGUUCCAUUUUUAUGACAAAGCUUUUUAUCAGAAGAAUGAUAUGAUCACACCAAGAGCAAGUCAUUGCACUCUGUAUCACAAAGGAUAUGUGUUCUGAAUAGGUGGCCGUAAUGAAAAUGGAGCUAUUGAUGAAUGUGAAGCAUUUGAUAUGAACACUAAUGAAUGGGUCCCUCUUCCAAAUAUGCCGACAAAGAGAUUCAAUGCUGGAUGAUGCAAAUUUGAUUUAACCACGAUUUAUAUCUUUGGUGGAACAACUUCUACAAAAUCGAAUAAUGGAAUCGAUGAUGAUGUAAAUACACCAAGAAUAGAAUCUUUUAACAUUGAUACAUACCAAUGGGAGACUCUUGCAAUAUCUCUUUCUUCACCUAUUUCCUUACCUGUAUGUAUUCAAGUUGGCCACCAUCAAGUGAUGAUUCUUGGAGGAAAAGAAUCAGACGGAAUCUGAAAAUCUGAUGUACAAUUAAUCGACCUAAACACAUGCCUAAAAGUCAGAAAAGAGAGUUUAGAGCUACCUUGAUUCUCCAUUUACCCUCCUAUAUACAGAGAAGAGAUGAUUUACAUCCAAAAUUCGGGUACAGAGUCAAUGAAUGCACCCGACCCUAUAAUCUAUCCUUUCUCAGUCACCACUUAAUCACCAGAUUUCUCGGACAGAAAGUGGGGAAAAUUUCAAUCUGC